UUCCCAUCGCCGGGCGCUUUCGUCGCUUGAGGGAUUCGAAUUCCUUGUCGGAUGAAGAAACCGGGGCUGCAGAGGUCGCUGCUAAGCGGAGAACCGUCCUUAUUGCGACCAUGGAAUAUGACAUCGAGGACUGGGGAAUCAAGAUCAAAAUCGGUGGUCUCGGAGUCAUGGCACAGCUGAUGGGCAAGGCCUUGACUCACCAGAAUCUGAUCUGGGUUGUUCCCUGCGUCGGAGGCGUCCAUUACCCCGUUGACCAGAAAGCAGAGCCCAUGGACAUUGUCAUCCUGGGCCAGACAUUCCGGGUUGAAGUCCAGUACCACGUCCUGCGCAAUAUCACCUACGUUCUUCUCGAUGCGCCGGUGUUUCGGGCUCAGUCCAAAGCAGAGCCAUACCCAGCGAGGAUGCGAUGAUCUUGAUUCCGCCAUCUACUACUCUGCCUGGAACAGCUGUAUUGCUGAAGCCCUGAGACGCUUUGAUGUGGACCUCUACCACAUCAACGAUUACCACGGCGCUCUUGCUCCUCUCUACCUCCUUCCAAAGACCAUCCCUUGCUGUCUUUCGCUCCACAACGCUGAAUUCCAGGGGCUCUGGCCGAUGCGGUCCCUCAGAGAACGGAAUGAAGUCUGCGAAGUGUUCAACCUCGACUGGGCCGUUGUAAAGAAAUACGUCCAGUUCGGCGAUGUCUUCAACCUCCUCCAUGCCGGGGCCAGCUACCUGCACAUCCACCAGAACGGAUUCGGCGCUGUCGGAGUCUCCAAGAAGUACGGCAAGCGGUCAUGGGCCCGGUAUCCGAUCUUCUGGGGUUUGAAGGAAAUCGGCUCCCUCCCCAACCCGGACCCCACGGAUACAGCAGACUGGAGACGUGGGGAGCAGAUGGAAGACGCACAGGUAGACUCCGAAUUCGAAGCCGCAAGAGUAGAGUGGAAACAACAAGCCCAGGCAUGGGCUGGCUUGGACCAGAACCCUAAUGCGGAGCUCUUCGUCUUCGUCGGCCGCUGGUCCAUGCAAAAGGGCGUGGACUUGAUUGCCGACGUGUUCCCAUCAGUCCUUGAAGCCAACGAGAACGUGCAGCUGAUUUGCGUCGGGCCUGUGAUCGAUCUCUACGGGAAGUUCGCGGCAAUCAAACUGAACAAGCUGAUGGAGGUCUUUCCCGGACGCGUCUUUUCACGACCGGAAUUUACGGCUUUGCCUCCGUUUAUCUUCAGCGGCGCUGAGUUUGCGUUGAUUCCCUCUCGUGACGAACCGUUUGGGCUUGUAGCAGUGGAGUUUGGGAGGAAGGGAGCCCUUGGAGUUGGAUCCCGGUAAGAAGGAACCUGCAUAUAGCCCAGAGGUAUCUAUUUCGUUGCUGACUUGUUGUCAAAGCGUGGGUGGACUGGGCCAGAUGCCAGGCUGGUGGUUUACCAUUGAAUCCAUGACGACCAAGCAUCUUAUCCAUCAGUUCAAGCUUGCUAUCCAUGAAGCCCUUGCCUCCAAGCCCUCUGUGCGCGCCAUCAUGCGUGCUCGUUCUGGAAAACAGCGGUUCCCGGUUGCACAGUGGCUUGAAGAACUCGAGAAACUGCAGUCGAUUGCUAUCGAGAAACAUCACAAGUAUGCUGCCCACGGCCAUCGGUUUUCUCGCCGGUCUCUUCUUUCUUCCCAGCCACGAUCUUCAGUCGACCGCUCAGGUCAACAGACAGGCCUGAGAGUACACCGUGCUCUAGGAAGUUGGCAAGGACCAGGAUAUGCCGACGCAAGAUUCGACUCAUCCUCGCCGGAGCAUUCAUCCUUGGAGUAUGAGUCAGAGGAAGUCUUCCACGACACGGCCGCUGAACCUGCGGCCGCUGGAACACAGGCUGAUGCCGAGGGGAGUGGCGGCAAUGCCACCGACAACAACCAUCCCGAUCAGCAGCCUGAAGAACAGCCUGGCCCUGACCGAUCACUUGAAGUACGGCUGUCUCUUCCUCGAACCUACGACAGCUACUUCUCCCGACCCCAGUCUCUAUGUACAUCCGGCGAGUGCACCCCGGUGUAUCUGCCAUCAGGGCUAAACACGCCGGUUUUCCUACACUCUGGGACCAGCACGCCGAUUUUCCAGCCUUCGGGGGCGAACACGCCCAUGGAGAACGGCCUGGUUCCCCCGCCUCGUGCCCUGGUCUCAUCAGCCGUGAGUCUUUUGAGCGUUGAAAGCGUCGUCGGUGAAAAGCGAGACUUCAACCUUCAAAACGUCAGCCCCUUUUUCACCGACUCCAACGGCGAAUAUGCCAGCCAUUUUGAACGGAAACUCGCCAAUCUCGAUGGAGAGAACUCGGAAAACCAGCUUUGCAUUGAAGAGUUUCUGUCUCGCAGCGAGAAGGACUGGUUCAAUCGCUACCGUGAUGCGAAGCUGGGUCGAGUGUCGGUGGGAACGCCGUCAUCAUCCAUCUUCCGGUACAAGGUGCACAGUAGGGAUAACAGCGGUGUUCAGACCCCGAUGCCCAUUUCUCAUCUUUCAGCGAUGGAACAGCCUGCCGGUGGGAUCAGCGAGAAUAGAGACAGUGCCGGGGGGAACAGUGAAAUCAACAAUGGUAAUAACAGCAACAACAACAACAGCGGUAAUAACCGGGCAAGCGAGUUUCUUCUACCAACAGAUUACUCUCCUCCGUCGGGCUUGAGAUGGCUUCUUCUCUACCGGAUCGGUGACUGGCCUGUGUACUCCAUUAUUUUAUCCCUUGGUCAGAUCAUUGCGGCAAAUUCAUACCAGAUAACCCUGUUGAACGGCGAGGUCGGCCAGCCAGCAAGGAAGCUGUAUAUCGUGGCCACUAUCUACCUCGUGUCGUCGAUUAUAUGGUGGAUGGUAUUUCGGAGACUCAAGUCUGUAUACGUCCUGUCAAUUCCGUUUCUACUCUACGGCUCUGCAUUCCUCUUCAUCGGCUGCUCUCCCUUCGCACACACCUCCCUCGCAAGAACCUGGGUGCAAAACAUUGCCACGGGUCUGUAUGCGUUCGCCUCGUCAAGCGGAUCGAUAUACUUCGCGCUGAAUUUCGGCGACGAGGGCAGCGCCCCGAUCACGUCCUGGGUAUACCGGGCCUGUGUCGUGCAGGGAUCCCAGCAGAUCUACGUUGCCUUUCUCUGGUACUGGGGCAGCUCGAUGGCUGCGUCGGAAAUGAAAGCGAAACCCACGAGUCUGGCCGCGUCGAAUCCGCAUCUUCUCAUUGGAAUCGGGAUGGGCAUCGCGGCCUUGUUCUAUGCAAUUGCUGUGAUGACAUUCUUCGGUCUGCCAGAGUACUAUCGACAGGCUCCCGGGAAGGUUCCUGCUUUUUACCGGGCGUUGCCUCGUCGGAAGAUCAUUAUCUGGUUUUUCUACGCUGUCUUCAUUCAGAAUUACUGGCUUUCUGCACCCUAUGGCCGGAACUGGCUCUAUCUCUGGUCCAGCAACCAGACGCCAGCAUGGUCGAUUGUGAUCAUGGUCAUCAUCUUCUUCAUCGGCAUCUGGGCACUUGUCCUGUGGAUCUUUGGCUAUAUGUCCGCGCGGCACGCAUGGUUUAUCCCCAUCUUCGCCAUUGGUCUGGGCUGUCCGAGAUGGUGCCAGAUGCUCUGGGGAACAUCGAACAUUGGUGCCUACGUUCCUUGGGCCGGAGGAGGUGCUGCCAGUGCACUCGUUGGGAGAGGACUUUGGCUAUGGCUGGGAGUUCUUGAUGCCAUUCAAGGAGUUGGCUUCGGAAUGAUCCUCCUCAACACCCUAACCCGCUUCCACAUCGCCUUCACCCUUCUUGCUGCGCAGGUAAUCGGAUCCAUAGGAACGAUCCUCGCCCGAGCCACGGCGCCCGACAAGAUCGGACCCGGUAAUGUCUUCCCAAGAUUCUACUCUGGGCAUAUUGCAGAGAAGUUGGCGAAUGCCGACUUCUGGCUUUGUCUUCUCUUCAUGUUGUCUAUUAAUGUCUUGUGCUUUAUGUUCUUCCGAAAGGAACAGCUGCAAAAGCCGUGAAUGAACGAAUGAGACCAAGAUGGCUUAUGUUGAUAAUGAUGGUAUGAAUCCUAUAUAAUAUUGGAUAUAAAAAAGGGCUAUGAGUAUAAAGUGUGUCGGGGAUUGUCUACGGAACUGAUGAUUAGCUGUUCAUAAUAUGUAUCAUGUUUUAAUGAGAUAGACAAUGGAGUUGUCAAGGAGAUUAUUCUUGUUCUUCGCAUAGUGCUGGAUGCUAGUCAUCAUAAUUUCCCGAGAAAUCCUCAUUCAUCCUUAAAAGGCCAUGCUUUUUCCUACAAG